AUGUAUGAUGUUUGCAAUUACGAUGCAUACUUUGUUCAGAAGUGUGAUGCUAUUGGAGUUUUGGGGCUUUUUUUGAAACAAAAGCUUACAACUUCUUUACAGAUGCUGGCGUUUGGCGCAUUUGCACACCAGGUGGAUGAGAUUGCUAGGAUGGGGAAAUCCAUUAUCCUAGAGAGCUUGGUCAGAUUCUAUGAUACAAUUGAAACUCUAUACAUGAAGGAUUGCCUCUGCAAACCUACGCCUAGGGACGUCCAAAGGCUUCUACAAAAAGCCGAGGCUCGAGGUUACCCAUGCAUUAUUGGAAACAUCAACUGUAUGCUGACAAGAAUUUAUGAACGACCCAUAGGAGCAAAUGAACAACUACUAGAGCACGAACCGUUGGUUAGGGACGGUCAUUACAACAACCUUAUAAUUGAUCGUUAUACGGAGAUGCAAUCUUCUUAUAUUCAUGAAUGA